CGUCAUGCGCGUGUUACGAUGAAGUUGCAGUGUGAUGUGGAGGUUGUGAAUCGGAUGUUGCCGACUGUCGGUCUGAAGAAUAAAGGUAAAUCCAGUCGAGCGGUUUUAUCCAUCGGGAAACAUGUGGACAGAAGUUCUCACAGCAGCAGUUUGUAUCUGUUAAUCUGCACUGCCAAAGAUAGAAGCGGAUCCAAAUACAAGCUGAAGGAGAACAUUGAGAAGUUCUUCACAUGGUUUGUUGAAGAAGGUAAAGCUACAGUUCGACUGAAGGAACCGGCUAUUGACAUCUGUUUGAGUAAA